AUGUGCAACUCCUGUUGUGGCUCCUGCUGCUCUGGCCAGGGCUGUGACUGCUGCCAGCCCAGGUGCUGCCAGACCACCUGCUGCAGGACCACCUGCUGCCGCCCCAGCUGCUGCAGGACCACCUGCUGCCGCCCUAGCUGCUAUGGGUCCUGCUGUGGUGGGUGCAGUGGCUGUGGCUCCAGCUGCUGCCACCCCACCUGCCUCCAGACCACCUGCUGCAGGACAACCUGCUGCAGCCCCAGCUGCUGUGGCUCAAGUUGCUGUAGCCCCUGCUGUGGUGGCUCCAGCUGCUGUAGUUCCAGUGGCUGUGGCUCUUGCUGCUGUCGUCCCACUUGCUGCUGUUGUCCCACUUGCUGUUGUCGUCCCACUUGCUGCCAGACCACCUGCUGCCGCCCCAGCUGCUGUGUGUCCACCUGCUGCCGUAAUCAGUGCUGCCAGACCACCUGCUGCAGGACCACCUGCUGCCGCCCCAGCUGCUGCAGGCCCUGCUGUGUGUCCAGCUGCUGCCGCCCCUCUUGCUCUGGUGGGUCCAGCUGCUGUGGCUCCAGCUGCUGCCACCCCUGCUGCUGCAUCUCCAGCUGCUGCCGCCCCUCCUGUGACUCCUGCUGCUGCCAGACCUGCUGCCGCCUGCGUCCAGUCUGUGGCAAUGUCUCCUGCCACACCACUUGCUAUCGGCCCACCUGUGUCAUCUCCACCUGCCCCCGCCCCAUGUGCUGUGCCAUCCCUGACUGCUGA